GGCGUUCCCCUAGCGUUCUUGGACGCAGCGUCUCGUUCCCUCGAGGAACUGGGGUUACAUACGUAACCUAAGACGUUUUUCUCUGCUCCUGAAAUUUGAUGGGAAGGAUUGGCAUGGACAUUUGAAAUUCAUUCAGUUUGGCUUGAAAAUGUUCUAACAGACAAAUUCUGGCUGAUAACACAGGAUACUGAUAUAGCUUUAGGGCCAAGAGGACUGCCAAGGUCAACACAGGCAAGAGAACACUUUAUGAAAAACAUAUCAAAAACGACAGCUGGACAUCAUAACACUAAUUGAAAUUUAAGGACUGAUGAAAACGAGAAAUAAAACGAAAACAAAGCGAGACGAGUUUUCUGGUUGACAUUAAUCCAUGGGAAUCAUUUCUGUUUCCAAAACAAAUAAGGGCUGUGCGGGUUUACAUCAACUAAACUAGUGUCAUGUAGGGUUUCUGCACCGUUUGUUUACAAACUCCUGAACCUUUUGACUUGAUAGGGAUUUUUCUGACGCUACGUCAACAGAGGUGGAAUGCGCGCGUGCCAAUAGAUGUUAAUAAGAUAGACGCGCUGUUCAGAAGUGAGUCGCACGGGUUUUACUCAGUGAACGCUCUCGGAAAACAUGCUUGUUUGAUGCCAGUUUUUUGGUCUGACUACAGAAGUGGAAUAUGUUUUUUGUUUGUUUUUGGAUCGAGUUGAAAGCAGCGAUGAAUCAUUUGUCUUCGCGCCCCUCUUUUUUUGCGCAUCAUAGGGUCUUCACGCACUUUUAAUCGCGUCUCGGCAGUGCAUUUAAACGUUUUCAUGCUGUUCUUGAUUACUGCUGGAUAUGAUGCCAGUACAAAGUCUCGCCGACAAAACACGGACACAUCGGUGGGACAGUUUCAGGUAGAUUGACCCGUUUGUGGAUGUAAAUCCCUGGAUGAUGCUCUCAAUGCAGAAGAACGUCUUCUUGAUCCUUAUUAUCUUCAAUACGACCCUCACACCUCUGCAACGAAGGGUGGAUGGCAACCCUUUAGUGAUGGAUCCUAAUAGUAUCUGCCGUAGAACUAGAACGUUGGUAGGCAGACAUGCCGACAUGUGCCAGUCUCAGCCUGAGAUAAUUCAAGAAGUGGCAAAAGGUGCCAGGUUGGGAAUGCGAGAAUGCCAACAUCAGUUCCACAAUCGUCGAUGGAACUGCAGCAGUCAGAGCAGAAACCUGGCCAAGAUCCUGCAACAAGAUAUCCGGGAAACUGCAUUUGUGUAUGCUAUCACAGCUGCCGGGGUGCUGCAUGCAGUAACACAAGCCUGCAGCCAGGGAGCGCUGCCACAGUGCGGCUGUGUGACCCUUCAGAGUUCCUCUGAAACUUACCACGACUCCCCGGCAGAGGAGGUACUCAUCCAGGCUUCACCUGUCCAAGAUGGGCGCUGGGAAUGGGGGGGCUGUGGAGAUGAUGUGGACUUUGGCUAUGAGAAGUCUCGUCAGUUCAUGGACACCAGACAGCGAAAAGGCAAGAGUGACAUCAGGACCCUUAUUGACCUGCACAACAACGAGGCAGGAAGACAGGCCAUACGGAUACAAAUGCGGACCGAGUGUAAAUGUCAUGGCCUUUCUGGUUCCUGCACUCUUCGCAGCUGCUGGAGGAAGAUGCCGCUCUUCCGUCAGGUUGGUGACUACCUCAUGCAGAAGUUCCAUAAGGCCGUCCGCGUGAUGGGUGGGAAUGAUGGUAAAUCGCUAGUCCCCAUCGAUCCAGAUACCCCUCCCCUGGAUGCUAACAUCCUUAUCUAUUCAGCUGAGUCACCUGAUUUCUGUCAGGCCAAUCAAAGGACGGGUACAGAAGGCACACAGGGUCGUGUGUGUAACAGCACAGAGACAGAGCAUGGAGGCUGUGACAGCCUGUGCUGCGGUAAAGGAUUUGCAGAUUACACACUGGAAUAUGAGGAAAACUGUCAGUGUCAGUUUCACUGGUGCUGUGAGGUUCAGUGCCAGAGAUGUUCUGUGAGAAAGGACGUCAGCCUUUGCUUGUGAAGUCCAGUCAAGGAGUUAAAAAACAGAAUUGCAUCUAUAGUAGUCGUGUUUGAGCUGGAGGAAGAGCACAUUUGUUUUCUCUCCUAUGCAUAGGAGUGUCUUCUGUGCAGAAUGAAGACUUGUGAAAACAGGCGGUUAUCAUCCUCUUGCUCACAUGUAUUUUUUGAUGGUCCACAAGAUUGAGCAAUAUCAAGUCAGCAAGUCAGGUGGGAGCAGUGUUGCCAGGUUUUGCUAGAGAAAUAAGCGACCUGGUCUGAACAAAAAUAAGCCCAAAAUUAGAGACCUGGUCUGGGAAAACAAGCCCAAAAUAUGCUACCCCUGGUUUUAGGAAAAACACACACACACACACACACACGUCACUUGACUGCCUAAAGGCAAGCCCAAAGUCGUUUAUAAUAAGUGGAUUUGGCAACAUUGGGUGGGAGUCAGAGCUUUUAUGGCUGCUUAUGACAAUGAACAUACAGUACAUCUUACUGCCACCUGCUGGUCCUUUAUUAAGAGAAAUUAGUGUGUUGAAAAUAGCGUAUUUCUCUAUAUUUUCAGAACACUGAAAAUCUGGGAAUAGACUGUUGAGCUUGAGAAACUUUAGAUAAAAGCAUCCUCUACACACUCCCAAAUGAAAGCUAUGUGGUUUGUGUAUCCUUGGUAUCUGAAAAUGAUCCAAUGUCAGUACUGUCCAAGGUACUGAACCCCUGACUGACAGUUGCCUCGCAGACCUAAAGAUGCAGUCAGUACCUGACGGAUUUAGAACAUUUGUUGGUCUAAUUAUGAAACAUUUGUCCAUUUUUUUUAAAUUUUUUUUUUACAUCUUCCAGCAAUUUCCUUCUGUACCUGCACAUGCAUUUUAUUAACUGCACAUAUUUGUAACAAAUAGUAGGCUAUACACUGGAAAAAUGGUAACCUAAAAAUGUGCUUCAUGUGGCAAUAUUUGAUGUUCUGAAAUAUUUUCACAAACUCACAUCGAAAUAGAUUGAAGGAGUGCUUAAAUGUUUGAAAAUUAUAUUUAUCAAGCAAAAACCAUGUUUACAGCAUCAGAGAUGUAUGAGAAUUUAAAUCACACUUAAAAUGAGGAUAAUAUUGUAGAGCAAUAGGAUCAAUUGUCUAAACAGCUAUGUUUAUAAAACCAAAAUUUAGAAGUAACAUCACAAUAAAAGAAAAGGAAAGUUUUUCAAGAAAAUAAUGAAAUAUCUAUUUAGGUAACAAUUGCAGGUUUACCUCUUUUUACAGUGUAUAACAACAACAUGAUAGUGGGCUUUUUCACUAUGCCGAUGUUAUAAGAUUUUGUCUUUCAUCUUAUGCUUGUCUACAAAUGAAUGUCCACAAAGUGGAGCAUAAACAUGCAAAAGUGUCUGAGGCUACUGUAAGCAAUGCACCUGUACCACUAAGGUUUAAAAUACCAUAUUUGUGUUAUGGUGUAUAUACCGAUUUAAAAAGUAUGAAUGAUCUGUUCUAAAUCAUUGAUUUUUUUUUAAGCA